CGGUGGUCUAAAAUGAGUCUCUCUGGGGAGAGAGAGGAGGGGGGCCCUGCCUCUAAAAUGAGUCUCUCUGGGGAACAUGACACCAAAGCUGAGAGACCAAUCAAGCAGGAGAGACCAGCCUCCCCUGUUCCCAGCUGUGUGUCCAUGAAGAGUAACCAGUCUAUGGGUCUACCUGAGGUGUUUAGAGAGGGAGACUUUUCUACUGAACAAAGACCAAUCAAGCAGGAGAGACCAGCCUCCCCUGUACCCAGCUGUGUGUCCAUGAAGAGUAACCGGUCUAUGGAACUUCCUAUAUUCUUUCGAGAGGGAGACUUUUCUACUGAACAAAGUCCAAUCAAGCAGGAGAGACCAGCCUCCCCUGUACCCAGCUGUGUGUCCAUGAAGAAUGACUGGUCUAUGGAACCUCCUAUAGUGUUUAGAGAGGGAGACUUUUCUACUGAACAAAGAAACCAACAGGAGAGAUCAGAGUCAGAGAUUCUCAGUGGUCAGUCUUCCCAGAGUCAUCAAACAGACCUGGACUCCAUAUUCAGUAUGCUUGAAGAGAAAAUUAUGACAUUUGUGAAGAACGAGCUGAAGAUAUUCAAGAGGAUUCUUAGUCCAGAACUCCCAGAAGGCUUUGAGAGUCAGAAGCAGGAAGUGGUGGAUGCUGAAGAUGAGCAGCAGGAGAGCAGUGCCAGAGAGGGGGCUCUGAAGAUCACACUGCACAUCCUGAGGAAAAUGAACCAGAAGGAGCUUGCUGACACACUGGAGGAAUAUGAGCUUGCUGUGAUUUGCCAACGUGAACUCAAAUCUAAUCUAAAGAAGAAGUUUCAAUGUGUAUUUGAGGGGAUCGCUAAACAAGGAAACCCAACACUUCUCAAUAAGAUCUACACAGAGCUCUACAUCACAGAGGGUGGAACAGGAGAGGUCAAUAAUGAACAUGAGCUGAGACAGAUUGAGACAACACCCAGGAAACAAGCAAGACCAGAGACUGCAAUCAAAUGUAACGACAUCUUCAAACCCUUAACUGGACAAGAUAAACCUAUCAGAACUGUGCUGACAAAGGGAGUCGCUGGCAUUGGAAAAACAGUCUCUGUGCAGAAGUUCAUUCUGGACUGGGCUGAAGGAAAUGCAAAUCAGGAUGUCCAAUUUGUGUUUUCAUUCCCUUUCCGGGAGCUGAAUUUGAUGAAAGGGGACAAACACACUUUCAUUAAACUUCUCAAUCACUUCUCAAUGGAAACCAAAGAAUCAAGAAUCUCCAACUACGACAAGUACAAAGUUCUGUUCAUCUUUGAUGGUCUGGAUGAGUGCCGACUGCCCCUAGACUUCCAGAAGAACAAGAUCUGUUGGGACGUCACAGAGUCAACCUCAGUGGAUGUUCUGCUGACAAAUCUCAUUAAGGGAAAUCUGCUUCCCUCUGCUCUCCUCUGGAUAACUACCCGACCUGCAGCAGCCAAUAAGAUCCCUUCAGGGUGUGUUGACCAGGUGACAGAGGUACGAGGGUUCAAUGACCCACAGAAGGAGGAGUACUUCAGGAAGAGAUUCAGUGAUGAGGACCUGGCCAGCAGAAUCAUCUCACACAUAAAGACAUCAAGGAGCCUCCACAUCAUGUGCCACAUUCCAGUCUUCUGUUGGAUUUCUGCAACAGUCCUUGAACACAUGCUGAAACAUAAGAGAGAAGAGAUGCCCAAGACUCUGACUGAGAUGUACACACACCUUGUGGUGUUUCAUACCAAACAGAAGAAUGAAAAGUAUCUUGGGAAAGAAGAGACAGGUCCACACAGGAAUAAAGAGAGCAUUCUGUCACUGGGAAAACUGGCUUUUCAACAGCUUGUGAAGGGCAAUCUGAUUUUCUAUGAAGAAGAACUGAAAGAGGCUUGCAUUGAUGUCAAUGAAGCCUCAGUGUACUCAGGAUUGUGCACACAGCUCUUUAAAGAGGAAUGUGGGCUGUACCAGGACAAGGUGUACUGCUUUGUUCAUCUGAGCAUUCAGGAGUUUCUGGCUGCUGUAUAUGUGUUCCUCUCUUUCAUCAACAACAAUGAGAAUCUAAUGGACAAACUGCAAACAAAAGACGAGUCUGAAGUUACUGUCUACAAGAGUGCUGUGGAUAAAGCCUUACAAAGUGAGACGGGAAACCUGGACCUUUUCCUCCGCUUCCUUCUGGGCCUCUCACUGGAGUCCAAUGAGAAGCACUUACGAGGUCUACUGACAAAGACAAGAAGCAGCUCACAGAGCCAUGAAGAAACAGUCAAGUACAUCAAGAAGAAGAUCAGGGAGAAUCCCUCUCCAGAGAGGAGCAUCAAUCUGUUCCACUGUCUGAAUGAACUGAAUGACCAUUCUCUAGUGGAGGAGAUCCAAAGCUUCCUGAGCUCAGGAAGUCUCUCAGAACCCAACCUGUCACCUGCACAGUGGUCAGCUCUGGUCUUUGUGUUGCUGACUUCAGAAAAGGAGCUGGAUGUGUUUGACCUGAAGAAAUACUCCAGAUCAGAGGAAGGUCUUCUGAGGCUGCUGCCAGUGGUCAAAGCCUCCAGAGCUGUUCUGUUGUCAGGCUGUGGAGUCACAGAGGAAGGCUGUGCUUCUCUGGUCUCAGCUCUGAAGUCAAACCCCUCACCCCUGAGAGAGCUGGAUCUGAGUAACAAUGACCUGAAGGAUUCAGGAGUGGAGCUGCUCUCUGCUGGACUGGGGAAUCCCCACUGUAAACUGGAGACUCUGAAGCUGUCAGGCUGUCUGGUCACAGAGGAAGGCUGUGCUUCUCUGGUCUCAGCUCUGGAGUCAAACCCCUCACACCUGAGAGAGCUGGAUCUGAGUAACAAUGACCUGAAGGAUUCAGGAGUGAAGCUGCUCUCUGCUGGACUGGGGAAUCCCCACUGUAAACUGGAGACUCUGAGGCUGUCAGGCUGUCUAGUCACAGAGGAAGGCUGUGCUUCUCUGGUCUCAGCUCUGAGGUCAAACCCCUCACACCUGAGAGAGCUGGAUCUGAGUAACAAUGACCUGAAGGAUUCAGGAGUGGAGCUGCUCUCUGCUGGACUGGGGAAUCCCCACUGUAAACUGGAGACUCUGAGGCUGUCAGGCUGUCUAGUCACAGAGGAAGGCUGUGCUUCUCUGGUCUCAGCUCUGGAAUCAAACCCCUCACACCUGAGAGAGUUGGAUCUGAGUAACAAUGACCUGAAUGAUUCAGGAGUGAAGCUGCUCUCUGCUGGACUGUGGAAUCCCCACUGUAAACUGGAGACUCUGAGGCUGUCAGGCUGUCUAGUCACAGAGGAUGGCUGUGCUUCUCUGGUCCCAGCUCUGAGGUCAAACCCCUCACACCUAAGAGAGCUGGACCUGAGCUACAAUCACCCGGGAGACUCAGGGGUCAGACUGCUCUCUGCUGGACUGGAGGAUCCACACUGCAGACUGGAGAAACUCAAUGUGGAACAUGGUGGAGAGAACAGAAUGAAACCUGGGCUUAGAAAAUAUGUCUGUGAUCUCACACUGGACCUAAACACAGUAAACAGACUCCUCUCUCUGUCUGAGGAGAACAGAAAGGUGACACGUAGGAGAGAGGAGCAGCCGUAUCCUGAUCACCCAGAGAGAUUUGAGGGCUGUGGACAGGUGUUGUGUAGAGAGGGUCUGACUGGGCGCUGUUACUGGGAGGUAGAGGGAGUGGGAGAGGCUGUUAUAGGAGUGACAUAUAAAGGAAUCAGCAGGAGAGGAGGGGUUAAUGAUUGUGAUGUGUCCUCUGAUGUGUCCUCAGAUGUGUCCUCAGAUGUGUCCUCUGAUGUGUCCUCUGAUGUGUCCUCAGAUGUGUCCUCAGAUGUGUCCUCAGAUGUGUCCUCAGAUGUGUCCUCUGAUGUGUCCUCUGAUGUGUCCUCAGAUAUGUCCUCUGAUGUGUCCUCAGAUGUGUCCUCAGAUGUGUCCUCUGAUGUGUCCUCUGAUGUGUCCUCAGAUGUGUCCUCAGAUGUGUCCUCUGCUCUUCCGAAGCCGUUCAGGGUCCAUAUGGAGCCCGUUAUCCUUCUUGGCU